GCGCGGUGAUAUUGACUGUUUCCUCCGCGCCGGAGCUCUUUUUUGUGUGUGUGUGUGUGUGCAACCAACACGCCCGUCGUACUUCCCUUUGCCCCAGCUGCUGUUUCCUCCGUUCAGUCACUUCCCUCUUUGGCGUUGGGUUCUCCAUCGUGUAUGUUGCACCCAACCGAGGCGGACUCGCCGCAGUCGAUCCAAUUCGCCCGUCCUUGUCGGUUGACAUUGGUCGCUACUCCUCUGCCUUUGGCUGUAAUUCAACCAUUUCUCAUCCGUCAAGCUCUGUCCAGCGGUGUGUGUACGUGUGUACGUUGUGGCCCAGAACUUGCAUUGGCCAGUAAUUACUAGCGACGAAGAAACUUUUUAGGUACAGUGCAGUUUCCGACUGUCCAAGUUGCGUUCGAAACGACAGUUCAUGUGAGCGUGACAGUUAGUUCAUUACACGUGGAUUCCCCCCCCCCCCUCAAUUUAAACAGAACAAAAUAAAAACUAUUUAAAAGCUUUUGGAACUUCCGUAUCCUAUGACACCUUUUAAUAAAAAUAGGAAAAAAAAAGAAAGGGAAAAAUGUCGAGGGGUUGUUAGGCUUUCAUGUAACAGACAGUGUGCAAUUGAAAAAAAAAUGAUAAUAAAAGCUGCUUUUUUGUUUGCUUUGGCGUUGUUGCUGACGAACUGUGCACUAUAAAGAAAGUUCACUAGACUAGUAACUGAAGUUGCACAAAGCCCGAACUGAAAAGGCUCAAGUUAGUCGAUGCAAUUGCUAAAAAGAAAAGAGCAGCCUUCGUGCUGAGCUUUCAAUUUUCUUACUCUAACCCGUUUUUGGGGAAGGGAUAGUUUGGCCAGCCGUUCUGUAAUCAUCGCACAUGUGAAUGACCAAAAAAAAAAAAACGGAAGGUCCGACGGAGGAAACGUUUACAGAUUGAGGCCCGCUAAACGUUUGAACAGGAAAUUGAAAACAGGAAAUAAUUCUGCGGUGGAAGAAGUCACGCUCUGCAUACGCGCAAACAACGAUUGGAACGUACGUUACAGUUCAUCAGGGAACCUAACGGAACACUGCCAGUGGACUGUCUUUCGUUCUUCAUUUGUCACAACAGCCUUAACUGCCUUCCUCAUGAUCAGCAUGGCUUGGGAAAACACCUUAUUGGCUUCUCGAAUUUUACCGCCGGCCUACACGCCCGUCGAAGUGGCUACCAAUCGUUCACAGGAUGCCUCACUGAUGCUGGAUCAAGAUGGACGCUUAACUUUGUUGAUCAUCCUAACGACCUCUGCUGGCCUAGCCAUCGUAUUGCUCUUCUUUAUUUUCCUCAGGAUCGGCUGCUUACGGGGGCAAAGCUGCUUCGGUAGAUACAAAGACCGUCACGAUCGAUCCGCUUUUCCGUUGACGACCGUCGUCUUAGACGAUCACGCGGCCAUUACCAAAUCUCAAGCCACGUCUCCACAAGCCAUUCAGACGACCUUUAUUCAGACAAGGAAUGACCCGCCAAAUGACAGUUACAUCAUCAAGCUGGUCGAUAACGACUUGAUUGUCGAGACUCAGGUCUUGUCGGGAAGCGGUGAGCCGGCAACGGCAACGUCUACUGCUAUGGAAACGAUGACUCCGACAGCUACGCUAAAGAUGUUUAAUCCCCCAGGAGAAGUAUUCUCACAGCAACAUCGACAGAGUGACAACAACGCCAGCCAACAGUUGAAAUUAUCAUCAUCGGGAGAAGCUGGAGAGGUUCAAAGUGGCUUUCUCAUCUUCAAAACUUGGCUCUCCGGCAUGAAGAGCAAAGAUUUGCCAACUGAAAAUGGGACGGCUUACAUCGGCUCGCUGGCCAGAGAAGACGUUCAACUUCAACAGCAGCAGCAAAUGGCAACUCCGUUGGAAACAAAAAGCCUGUGCGGAUCGCCGAAGCGUCGCUACGGCAGGCCGUUGGCCAAUGGAGAAGCGAUAGCCACACAAAAGCAGCAGAUCUUGGCGAGAUUUGGCCAGCAUUUGCCCGGCUUUGGAUUCACCCAAUCUAAGAGCAGUUGUCUAUUCGAGGACGAUGACGAUGAAGAAUACGAGCUGGAUGAAUUAUCAUCCGCGCCGGCCGUCACGUAUAGCUACCGCAACGGAAAUCAAUUCGAAUAUAUGGGCGGCCCUUAUGGCUACGUCGAUCCGCUUUACAGCCAUCAAUUGCCCGGCAAUAAUAACCAGCAUCCAGCGAGAGAAAUGAAGUCCUUCGGCAACGAACGGAAUCGCACGUCCGUCCGCUUGGAAGAAUUGGACAUCGUCCAACGCGCUGGUCAACGAAACUCGAUGUUGGAAUCCAGACAAGAGCCACAACCUCCAGUCUUACUUCUGCUGCCUACACUCGUCCGAUCAGCUGAUUCACUCGUCCUACCCACCAAAUAGAGUAGAUUUUGCUUGCGGAAUUCGAUUUGUACAUUAAACCGAGCGGCUUACAUGAAACUAGCUAUUUAUUGAACAAAAAUUGAAUUCUUUUAUGUAGAUAAAAAAAAUUCAGAAGAAACGUUCCUCGUGCUGGUUGGUUGCAUUUUCCCAGCACUCCUAUCUCCAUGUAUAAACUCUGAUGUUUUUUUUUUUUGUUUUUUUGCUAUUCAUAUAUGUAUCUGCAAUAUGUAAAGUAUACGUGAAAGUAUGUGAGUUUCCUUCUUUCGGUCUCAUCCGCCCGAAUUGAUGCCGUCAUCUCUGUUCCAGGCUGUCGGGUUCUGGACGUGAUACAUCCUUAGUUGGAAUUGAACGGUCCUUUCCAUUGGAUACCUCACUACGAUUCCCGAACUGUAAUAUAAAACGUGACGUCCAAAUAAAUAAGACCUGUGCAAUUUUUCAUGUCCGACUGCCACAUCCAAUUUCGUGCAUAGCCCACGUCAUAUUUAUACCCGUUCUUUUUUGACAAGCGUUUGAUUACAACAACAUUGUACAAGACUGCCAGUAUAUUCCUCUGUUCCAACAACAUGUAAUAGCGUGCGGCUUUAGGAGACGAUUGUUGUGCACCGUUUCCCGGACAAUCUGAUUUUGAUUGUUAUGAUCUCUCAAAAAAAAAUCCAUGGUUAUAAGUGGUAUCGAGUCAGUUGUAAAUACGUAUUUAGUUUCGUUGCCACGGGUGCCCGUUUUCCUUUUUCUUUCUGCGAAGUAAGCCCCACUUUAAGUCCUACUGUAUUUCUUUUACUUGUGUAGCUAUUGUCUUUGCCAUUGUGCAGCAUUUCGUUUCUUUUUUUUCACUCUCCGCUUUGUCUUCUCUUUUUUUUUUUGUUUUGCCCUUCAAUUGGAUUCUCGACCCGAUCGAUGAAUUUCAUUCGAAGCUGCGAGUUCGCGAACAGUCGACUGUUACACAGAAACAAUAAAAGGGGGGAAGUAAGUAGCUUUUAUUCUUCUGCGUCUGAUGUCUCAUUUUGAUCUCCUUCUUUUUUUUUUCCUCCAACUUUUGUUCAUAUUCUUUUGUAAUAAGGUUUUGCUCCACAUCUUAUAUUUAACUGUACAA